UUCAAAAUGGCGACUAACAGUGAAGGCAUACAGUACAGCUCUGGUGAACAAUACUUUAAUUUGUCUGAAGAAAUACUGCAUUCUAGCGAUACUGAUGAAAUCGAACCUUUACCUCUGAGGGGACCACCAACAACAGGCGAUUACAUACCUCCUCUAAUAGCUGGAAUGGUUGAAAACUAUGAGAACAUCAACUUUGCAAUGAAACUCACAGGAAUUGAAGAUCCACAAGAAAAUAUACCAGAAGCAGAUGAUUCAGGUUUUGUGGACGACAGUGAGUUGAAGAAUGAAGACAACCAUGAGUUUCACAAUGUCAUUUCACCCAGUGCCUCUACGAGAGAUGCUGACAGUUCGGAUGAAUUAGGUCUUGAACAAAGACACAGUUAUGUAACUGGAAGAUUCAACCAAGGUUUCAACACAGAGCCUAUGAGAGAUUCUUUUGGUUAUCAAGACAGUUCGGAUGAUUUGGGACUUGUAGGAAGACGUGUAAGCUAUGUAACUGACAGUUUCAACCAAGGUUUAGACAUAGAGCCUCUGAUAACUUUGAAAAGGGAAUCUGUUUACAAUUACCUCUCAGAGCUUUAUAAGCUUGAGAAGUACCGUUACAAUGAUCUUGAUGCACUCAGAAUUAAGAUUGAGGAUGAGCCUGCAGUUGGACUCGGACCUACAAAAGAAGCCCUCAGAUUAUUCCACAUCCAAGGCAAAUAUCAGUUGUAUGAAGGGGAUAAAGAAUUGAUCCCAGGAACUUCUGGCAUGCAAUCCAAAAUGCUUGGCCGAGUUCUUUACCACACUUUCAUGUUAACUGAUGGCUUUCCUGCAUUCAUUUGCAAAGCUUUCAUAUUUGAAAUGUUAACUGAAAAAGAUGUUAGAAAAUAUAAAGAAUGUCUAAUUAAGUCAUAUAUAAAUUAUUUACCAUUAAGCAGUAGUGAAAAAUCUAUCCUCUUAUCGGGAGUAAAUUACAGUUUGCAAAACAUGUCUAGUGAAAGUAAAGAAGGCCUAUUUGAAGUUAUCAAGAAAAUAUCUAAUAAUCUUACUCCAAAUGCCUUACAUGUCAACAUUGAUGAUAGUAAUUGGCAAGAAGUUCUAAUCAAUUUGGCACACUCAGAUAUGAUUGAAAAGCCAGCUUGUAGAAGUGUUGCAGAUGAAUUUAAACGAUGUAAGAGAAUGGGUGGAUGUAAAUCAUAUUCGGUAGAUGAAGCAGAAAAAAUUAUUAAUGAGCAUCCAACACCUUGUUCCAUUAUAAAUAAGUUGAAAACCAAAUCAUCUUUAACAUCAAAUGAGUCUAAAGUUUAUGGCUUUUUAUCUAGAUUUGUUAUAGCCCAUUGCAAUGAGAGUAACAUGGCAGAACGAUUCCUUUUGUAUGUUACUUCGUCUACUAAUCUUCCUCAUGAUACACCAAUUACAAUUGAAUUCAAUGCUGACAGUGGCUUGGCAAGAGCUGUUAGGGCAAAUACUUGUGCUAACUUGAUCCAUUUGCCAAAGACUUACAAUUCAUAUCAAGAAUUUGAAGAAGAAUUCUUGAAUACCCUAACGAGUACUGAGUCUUUCAAAUUUAAUACUCUGUAAUUGCCAAGUUGUUUUUUUUCAGUAGCUUUUAAAUAUUUGAACUUUUUUUAAAAAGACCAAUUUUGUUUUCAUUUAUUUAAAAAAAGUAAGAAAUGUUGAUAGUUUUACAAAGUAGAUGUAAUAUCAAGUUACAUGUACAGAACACAGUCAACAUUACUUUUACAAUACUUUAAAAAAAAGUAUUGGUAACAUGCUGUAAAUAUGCUUUUAAACAUGAUUAGCAGGUUAAAUAAGACUACCGCUCAGGUGCAAACUGAUAAAUUCCUUUAAACAAAACCAUAAAAAUACAAAAUUUAACUUUACUACCUGCUCAGUUAUAGCUUAUUUAAUCAAACUAUUGUGUUUAAAAUUUAAAUAUUGAAAAGUUUUAUAUGAUAGACAAAUAGAAACUAAGUAUAAAUCAGUUUCUUAUUGUGUUUAAGAUGUUAUGGGCUCUUUGCCAUUUCACGUACAAUCGAUUAAUGCAGUUUCAUAAAAUACUCUUUGACAAGAAGAUAUACAUCUUUUUAAAUUAAAGAAGAUUUUUAAAACAAAAUCAAAAAGUUUUCAAAGAGUUUAUUCUUCAUAAAAGUAUUUUCUUUUAAUUCUUUGCUAUCAAAUUGCUUUUAAUAACAUUAAUUACUUAUUGGUAGAACAAUGUCAUACUAAUUGCUUAUCAAUGCUUUCAUGUCCUUUACAGAAUUGUACUUGUUAUCU